GCAGGCGUUCGGGAAAUUGUCGCUGGCGCCCUCUUACAUAAUUUUGCCAAAACAAUUUCGGCAUUGUAAAAUUUUUAGGAAAAUCCACGAAAAAUUAUCAAUUUUAUGAUUUUAAAUAUUUCUUUAUACAUUUUAUCAGUGCCCAUGAGUGUACUUUUAGGUUUAGCUAACUACCAAUUAACUUUAUAAUAUAGAACAAUGGAAAAUCGUGUUCCAGAUGUGAUAAUAUGUGUAAUUAUAAUUGCAACUCUCGGAUGUAUCCAUCUACUCUCGAAUACUACAAGGAUCUACUUUGGUGGGGAGGAUUCGAAUUUAACACUUAGUCAAUUGGUUGACACGCAUGCAAAAGAAUACGGCUGGAUACUUAAAUUAGCGCUGAAUUGCUUCGGAUAUUCCUGCAUAUUCCUUCCCGGACUCCUCAUCUACAAGUACACGAAGCGCGUGAGGUAUCUGGAGAAGAAUACCAAUGAACAUCGACUGAUCCCAUCUGCUAUCAGAUUCUGCUUCAGUGGAGCUGAAGGAGAGAAGCACGAUGCUUCUCUAUCAGGGAAGAGUUCAACGGGCCAAGGCUUCCUCAGAGAAUGCCUUCUGUUGACUUACUGUUUCCUGGGUCUGAUGGCAUGUCACUUAACUUGGGGCGUUUUGCAGGAGAAAAUAAUGACCCAGGAAUACGAAGAUGUGGACGGGAAUAAGAGUCAUUUCAAGGACUCUCAAUUUCUAGUUUUCACCAACAGAUUUCUGGCAUUCGUAAUCUCCGGGGGAUACUUAUUCAUCAGACAGAGAACUCGCCACAGAGCUCCGCUCUACAAGUACUCUUUUGCCUCCCUGUCCAACAUCAUGAGUGCCUGGUUCCAGUAUGAAGCCCUCAAGUUUAUCAACUUUCCCACUCAGGUCCUUGCUAAAUCAUGCAAAAUCAUCCCCGUGAUGAUCAUGGGGAAGAUUAUCUCGAAGAGCAAAUACGAAUUCUACGAAUACCUGACAGCCGGACUGAUUUCCAUUGGAAUGGUCUUCUUUAUGAUGGGCUCUGCCGAUGAGUCCAAAGCGUCCUCAGUGACAACCCUCACGGGAAUCUUCCUUCUGACUCUCUACAUGAUUUUCGACAGUUUCACCUCGAAUUGGCAGGGUGAUCUGUUCAAGACUUACGGCAUGACUUCCAUCCAGAUGAUGUGUGGCAUCAAUCUCUUCAGCACUCUCUUCACCAGUGCUUCCCUGACACUCCAAGGUGGCUUCAUGGAGUCCCUGGGCUUCGCAGCUGCCCAUCCAAAGUUCAUUGUAGACUGCAUCGUGCUGUCCAUUAGUUCGGCUCUUGGGCAGCUUUUUAUCUUUUUCACCAUUUCCAGCUUCGGCCCAGUUGUCUUUACCAUCAUCAUGACUGUUCGCCAGGCCAUUGCUAUCUUGCUCUCGUGCCUGAUCUAUCACCACAACAUCUCGCCACUUGGCAUUCUGGGCAUUUUUGUGGUUUUCCUGGCCAUUUCGCUGCGGGUCUAUUGCAAUCAACGCAUCAAAGCCAUCAGGAAGAGGGCCGCAGAAAUGGCCAAUACUUAUAACAAGGCACCACGCAUUGCUGUUUAGAGGCUCCACGAGCAGUUCCUUGGCUCUAGCAGGGUAAUUCUCUUCAAGAGAAUUCUUCAGCAUAUUUAACGUACUUUAUCUCAAUGUAUUUAUGUAUUUCCUUACUAUUUUCGCAUAGUAUUUAAUUUUUUUAUGGAAAAAAAACAUGCAGAAUCCUUUUGUUUCAUUUGAAGAUGAGAUUCCGUAUUCAUUUAAUUGUAAAAAGAAUCAUCUACGAUAGAGGAAGACUUUAAAAAAUAUAAUAAACUCUAUAAGUUUUCUUUUUGAUAAAUUUUGGCUAACAUGACCCCAUAUGCACCAUGUGAAUUUAGCCACGAAUGAUAACAAACCAAAUGCAGUUUUAGCGCUCCUAGCGGAGGUCGCUGGAACUUUGAAUGUUGAAUAAAGUUGAUGGGAUAUGAACUACACCUUUUUAUUUCGUCCAAAACAAUUGAACUUGACUAAAAUUUAACAAAAUCGAAAAAAUAAGGAUUAAAGAAAUUAAAAAACUUUGAAAGCCUAAUUUAAUGAAGAGUUCUAGGUUCCAGGCCUAAAUAAAAUUAGGUUAUUUACUUACUUAAAAAUUGGCACUUAAAAAGUUAACUAAAACUUUAAUUCUUCUGGAAAAAAAUCGAAAAAUGCCUAAUUUAUUAUUUGAAAAUUAUUUUAUAUUCUUCAAUGCAAUAUCCAAAGCAUAAAAAAGUUUCCCAGUCAACAUUUAAGAAAAUAUGUAACGCAACACGUCAUGUAUGUAUGUGUGUAAACGUACAAUUGUAAAAUUUACUUUUUGUUAAAAGUAAUAAUUAUAAAUUAUUUGAAAAUACAAAAUAUAAAAUGA